AUGAGCACUAUUGCUGAUCAUGUUUCGGCUUGUCUCCAAGAGUUCAAUAGCCUCUGCAAUUCCCCAGCAAUAUGGACAGACUGUGCUCUCGAAGAGGGUCAUCAGAGCGAUAUAUCACUCUUGAAGCUGCAGAACGAGCUGAGCAGAUUCAAAGUCUGGAGUGGAAACAUUGGCGCUCAUAAAAAAGGACGAAGCUCUCUCGAUCAUAGGCUUCGAGAUGCGUCAAAUAUCCGGAAUCAGGUGGUUGAUCUUUUGGAGGACUUGAGGGAAUCUCUAAAAGAUGCCAAGGACAUUCUUACGGGGCAGACAACACCGUGGGAUCAAGAACAGUCCCCAGCUGAAUUUUCAGAUGAUGACUCCGACGAUGGAUCAUUUCAAGACGACGCACCAGGGCCGUCUGAACUCUCCCAGAUAUUUGCUGCUAUCGUUGAAGACAUCAACUGCCUGCUGAGGCUCUCAGUUUCCAUUCACAAUCCUUCUCCCCACGAUCGCUUCAAGAAAGCCUGCUUAACAGAUACAUCUGGCUACGAGCCAUUUGACGUCCAGCAUGUAUAUAACAAGCUCUCCAAAGCACCGAAGCCAAUCGCCGAAAGACUUGGAAAGGCAAUUUCUCGACGAAGGCAGUAUUUCAAAUACAGAGAACUACAUCAUGAAAAGUUGGCAAGUGGGCUUGAACUAGAUGGUAAGGACCAGAUGCAGAGUACUGUAGCCUCUUCAUUGCCAAAGAAACUUAGUUUGAAUGAACCUAUCUCUUUGGAGGAGGACGUGGAUGAUGCAUCGGAUGGUGGGAGAUCACAGACGUCUUGGGCAACAUCUGCUGCGAACCCAGAAAGACGGAAGAUUCCUGCCCUCCCAGCGGAAGCCGAGAAUGGACCUUUCGAGUGCCCAUUUUGUUUUAUAAUGGUAUCUAUUACUUCGAGGAUUCAUUGGAAGAAACACGUAUUCUCAGACUUGUUUCCUUACAUUUGUGUCGAGUUGGGUUGUCCGGCUCCAGACCAGGACUUUCAGAGGCGUCAUCAGUGGGCGAGCCAUGUCAAGAAAUAUCAUUGGAAGACAUGGGCCUGCAAGCUUGGAUGUAAUGAGACCUUUGUCUCUAUUCAAGACAUGAAGCGGCAUUUAGCACAAAGGCAUUCAGAAACCAUGGAAUUGACUCGCCCCUUCAGUCUUCUCAGCAUGUGCGAGAGACCUAAGUUAGAGAACGAAUCAGCAGACUGUCCUCUGUGCGGAGAAAAACAAUCGUCAUUUAAACAAUUCCAACGGCACGUUGGUCGCCACCAAGAAGAUCUUGCUCUAUUCGCGUUGCCCCAUCUUCCAGGGGGAGAAGACGACAAAAACGAAGAGUCUGGUUCCGAGUCUGAGGCAGACGAAGACAUGGAACCUGAGAUACGAGACGAGUUGGAGCAAGCGAGCUCUUAUAUUACCCGUCUUUCUGACGGGAGCGUAGAGGAGGCUACAGAUGUAUCAGAGCGAAGCAUUCGAUUUGCUCAAGAGGGAGGCUUCGCUCCUGUCGCUGUCAAAGAGGAAAUUUCCGAUGACUCAGUCCCUACUUUCAUGGCUCGCCGCAAGAAGAAUCCUCCACCCGAGGAGAUAGUUCCUCAGAAGUGCCACGAGCCAGGCUGCAACAAGGAGUUCAAGCGUCCUCGCGAUCUCAAUAAACACAAAAAGACUCACUCUCGCCCAUGGAAGUGCCCAGUUCCAACCUGUAAAUAUCAUACUUACGGGUGGGUUACAGAGGACGAUAUGGACCACCACUACCGCGAGGAGCAUUCUGAAACUCCUGCCUUCUACGAAUGCGUGUUUAAACCUUAUCCCUACAAGUCAAAACGAGAAACGAACUGCAAAGAGCACAUGGAGAAGGCUCACGGCUGGGACUUUAUCCGUACACAGAAAGUAAUACUUAGUACGGGCAGACAUUCGACCGUUGAACCGUCGAGAACACCUCCGGACGCAGACUCCGAAGAUCAGUCUUCUGAACAGGGAAGAGACCUUACAACGCAACGAAGCAUCGAAAUGCUUGCACCUAUUGAGAACAGAGAAAGUUUUGACCUCGCCAAUGUUGACGUUCUGCACCUUAGACACAAGGAAUCCUCAUACACAUUUAAAUUUCCACGACAUGAUAUCAGAGAUGGCAGGCUGCGGGUGUCCAAGGUCAGAGAGCUCGCAGCGGGGAUGACAUAUGUUCCUGAGAGUUUCAGACAUCUGGUCGAGCUUUCUUGCAAAGAUACUAAACUCCUGAUAGAUGGUACGCCCAUUCGAAAUUAUGGUGUGUCAAGAGGUGAUACAAUAAAUGUUGAAGCACCGCAGUUCAGGAAGUCUGGUCUACUGAUCCGUUCGGCGAGUGAUGACCUUGUGUUGGAUAAUGGGCAUAGCACUGAGGAGAACAUGGGAAUCGAAGGGAAAGCAGAACGUGAUGAGCGACGAGCAGAGUUCUCCUCGGAGUUGCGACAGAGAGCUACGGUGGAAUCUGGUGGCGACCAAAGGCAAAAGGCCCCUGCUAGCUCCAACCCGCAGGACGUGAGAGAAGAGACAAAUCGCAAUAUGCGUAAAAUUCGCAAAAAGACAAAGACUGGAUGUUUGACAUGCCGUAAGCGUCGAAUAAAAUGCGAUGAAGGAAGGCCGACAUGCAAUAAUUGUAUCAAAUCUGAACGCCAUUGCGAGGGUUACAACCAACGUAUUAUCUUCAAAGACCCUAUGGGUGCGAGACAAGGAGUGCCAGCCCCUGAAAUCGAAUCAGAUCUCGAGAUAAUGGAUACCCGCGAAGUUUCUGGACCUAUCCUACUAUCUAAAGAGGCCGAUCGCAAGGUCAAAAGAACUCCUACUUCUGGAGUUAGAUGCCCAACUUGUGCCGUUGGAAAUAAAGAGGUAUGGGUUCUUAUUGGGGGGUCUUGUGCAUAUUGCGGAACACCAUGUGCAUGA